UUCGGUGCUCAAAGGCGAGCGUCCCGGCGGACUUGCGGUUUUGGUUAAAAGGUCACCCGCGUCACGCAGUGAUGUGGGAGUUUGUAAUUGACUUGGUAGAAGGGCCGCCCGGUUCUGUCAGGACCUGUUUCUGUAUGUUCCUGCGUGGGAAGUUCGCUGACCAUCCGUAGCAGACUCCUCGCAGACAACCGGAGGGAGCCUGAGGGGUCGCUCUGGUGUACGACAUGGAGGGGUACAAUGAUUGAUGCCAGGUGUCAGCAUUGAAGCCAUGAGUGAGAAUAAAAUGGCAUCCUCUGAGUUUAGCUCAGGACCUGUGGAAAAAGCUGCCAAACCGCUGCCGUUUAAGGAUCCCAACUUUGUGCAUUCUGGCCACGGCGGCGCAGUGGCUGGCAAGAAGAGCAGAACCUGGAAGAACCUCAAACAGAUCCUCGCUGCUGAAAGGGCGUUGCCAUGGCAACUGAACGAUCCUAACUAUUUUAGUAUUGAUGCUCCUCCAUCCUUUAAGCCAGCUAAGAAGUAUUCUGAUGUUUCAGGCCUUCUGGCCAACUACACAGACCCUCAGAGCAAGCUGCGGUUCAGCACCAUUGAAGAGUUUUCCUACAUCCGCAGGCUGCCAUCCGACGUGGUCACAGGCUACCUGGCCCUGAGGAAGGCCACAAGCAUUGUUCCCUGAGCCUGGAAGUGGAGAGGGAAUGCGAAUGGCCUCAGAUCACACUGCGCUCUUGAUUUUGUUUCACAGAAACGAACAUUUCUAGUGUCAGUUUGAAACUGUCGGCUCUGCACCUUGGAAAGAAUGUCUGGCUUUACCCUGAGGAUUUUUGUGUUUUUUUCUCCCCAAGUGUGAACUUCCUAGUUGAAUUAAAUCAUAUGUCAAUUGUU